AUGGGUUCACAGGCGCCGUCCCACAGAUUUCGGAAGCUGCAGAGCUUCACGACAGACUACGCCCCUGCUGUCAUCACGCAAUAUGAGUCCGAGAGAAGUGGCAUGCAGGUUGUCGUGGCUGAUCGCAAGGGCCCCAAGGUAAACGGGUACUUCACGCUGGCGACCGAGAUCUUUGAUGACUCUGGGUCGCCCCAUACGCUCGAGCACUUGGUUUUCAUGGGCUCCAGGAGCUAUCAGUACAAGGGGCUUCUUGACAAGCUGGCUUCCAGGGCCUAUGGAAAUACUAACGCAUGGACGGCUACCGAUCACACCGCCUAUACCUUGGAGACAGCAGGAUGGGAGGGAUUCGCCCAGACACUGCCUGUCUAUCUGGAACAUCUUGUCGUGCCGACAAUGACAGAUGCUGCGUGUCUUACCGAGGUUCACCACAUCGACGGUGAGGGCAAUGAUGCCGGCGUCGUGUACUCGGAGAUGCAAGGCGUCCAGCACAUGAGCAGCGAGAUUAUAGACUUGAAGGCACGGCGAUUGUUGUACCCCGAGGAUGUCGGCUUCCGGUACGAGACUGGUGGCAUGCUCGACAACCUCCGGGUCUUGACUCCCAAGAGGAUACGUGAGUUCCACAGAGAGAUGUAUCAGCCGCGCAACAUGUGUAUCGUCAUUGUCGGCGAGGUUGACCACCAGGACCUCCUGCGCAUCCUCGACGAGUUUGAAGAGAGCGUCAAGGAUGACAUUCCACCUAUUACAUCGCCCUUCAGACGUCCAUGGAUUGAGUCCGCUCAACCACCGGCGCUCAAGAAGACGACUGUGGAGACGGUCGAAUUCCCGGAAGAGGAUGAGUCUACUGGCGAUAUGAUCGUCGCGUUCUUUGGACCUGACUGCUCAGACACUGUAGCAACAACGGCCUUGAACGUACUGCUCACUUACCUCUGCGGGUCCUCGGUGUCUGUGCUGGAAAACACAAUGGUCGAGAAGGAAGAACUUGCAAGCUCCGUCUCGUACUGGUGGGAUGCGAGGCCCAACAGCGUCAUUUGGCUCCAGCCUACGGGUGUUGCGACAGAGAAGCUAGAAUUCGUGGAACAAAGGUUAAUCUCACUGCUCAAGGAGGUAGCCUCUAAGCCACUGGACAUGAAGUACAUCAACGAGUGUAUACAGCGAGAGAGGCGCCAAGUCAAGGCCUCAGCUGAAGGGUCCGAGUCAUUCUACUCCACCAACAUCAUCACCGAUUAUCUGUUUGGCAAGCGCGAUGGCUCGACCUUGACAGACCUGAAAGACCUCAGCGAGUAUGACGACCUUGAGAAGUGGACAGAGGAACAGUGGAGAGCCUUCCUCAAGAAGUGGAUUUCUGACGCUCAUCAUAUAUCUGUACUUGGUAAGCCAUCGCUCAAGCUGGCUGAGAAGCUCAAGACAGACGAGACUGCAAGGAUAGAGAAGAGAAAGCAAGAUCUUGGACCAGAAGGAAUCGAGAAGCGCAAGAAGAUGCUUGAUGAUGCCAAGAAGCAGAAUGAGGUUGAGAUUCCUGGCUCGGUCCUGCAGCAAUGGCCUGUACCUGGAACCGACUCAAUCCAUUUCAUUGAGUCUUUGACAGCUCGAUCUGGUCUUGCUCGCAAGCUCGGUAUCGCUGCCAAUCCGGCUCAGGCUGCUAUUGACGCAGCGAAACCCGGCACGCCUCUGUUUGUGCAGUUUGAAAGCGUCCCGACCAACUUUGUGCACUUGACACUUCACAUUGGAACUUCAGCUAUUCCUGUGAAGUACAAGCCUCUUAUCCCCUUGUUCAUUGACAACUUCUUCAACACACACAUCACUCGGGAUGGCAAGCGUGUCGACUUUGAGCAAGUGGUGAUGGAGUUGGAGCGGGAUACGAUUGUGUACAGCAUGGACUCUGGAAACCGACUGGGUGACACUGAGAGCAUAACCAUCAAGAUGCAAGUCGAACCCGAGAAGUACGCGACUGCUGUCGAAUGGAUCCGCACCAUGAUGUUCGACAGUAUCUUCGAUAUUACGCGCCUCAAGGCCUCUGUCAGCAAGCAGAUUGCCGAUAUCCCCGAAGCAAAACGUGACGGCCGAGUCAUGGCGAACGAAGUCGAAAUGGCGAUUCACAAUGAACCUUCGGCAAUGCUUGUGGCCAAGAGAACUCUUGUCAAGGCUGUCUAUCUCCGACGCUUGAAGAAGCUGCUCCAGAAGGACCCUGAUACUGUUGUUUCCUGGUUCGAGGAGCUCCGGAAGUCCAUCUUCACCUUCCCCAACGUCCGUGUUCUCGUUACCGCGGAUGUGGAAAACGCCAAACUGCCGGACCCCAUCAAGACCUGGGACAGCCUUGCAGAUGCGUUGGGCGGCAAGUCCGAAACCAUCAACCCCAUUGUCAAGCCGCACACGUUACUCAACUCGGAAGGCCAAAACCCUGGAAACGUGGGCGCCAUUAUCAUCCCAAUGACCACCAUUGACUCAUCAUACUCCGUGAGCUCAAGCAAGGGUAUUACUUCAUUUUCCGACCCCAUGGUGCCCUCCCUCCUUGUUGCAGCUGCGUAUCUCGAAACCGUAGAGGGCCCUCUGUGGAAUGCGGUCCGAGGCAACGGCCUCGCGUACGGCGUGUACUUCGCCAAGGAGGUCGACGGCGGAUAUGUCCACUUCAAGGUGUACCGCUCACCCAUGGCUUCCAAGGCGAUUGCCGCAGCAAGGGAUGCUAUCAACGGCCUUGCCACCGGCGCAGUUCCCUUGGAUAAGCUUAUGAUCGAGGGUGCUAUUAGCCAAAUCGUCAUGACCAUGGCUGACGAGCAGGCCACAAUGUCUGCCGCCGCCAUGCAGAACUACAUCCUAGGCGCCGUUAGAGGAUUAGACCCCGACUUCAAUGCGAAGCUCCUGACCAAGGUCCGCGACGUCACUGAAGACCAAAUCAGGCACGCCAUGACGGAGUAUCUGCUACCUGUCUUUGAGCCCGGCAAGAGCAAUGUCGUCGUGUGCUGUGGACCUCUCAUGGUCGAGAAUCUCGAGAAGGAACUUCAGGGAAUGGGCUACAAGACCCAGGUCAAGCAAUUGGCAGACUUCCAUGAGGCGUACGGCCUCGAGGCGGAUGAGGACGAGGGCGAGGAUGAGGAUGAGGACGACGAGGAUGAGGAUGGGUCUGAGGGAUCAGAAGGUUCUUAUGACUCUGAAGAAGACGAUUAG